UUUGCCAGCAGCGACAUUUGGUCGCCCUCUUCCAAGUUUCUCGUCCCUGCUUCUUAUCAUUCUCGCCUUCACUCGCAUUUAUCUUUUUCUUGUCAGUACUGAGUACUCUCCUUUUUAUGAUUCAUGGGAAUAUCUGGGCUGCUACCAGCUCUCAAGUCUAUUCAGACCGUCAAACCCUUGUCUGAAUUCUCUGGCAAGACUGUGGCAAUCGACGCGUAUGCUUGGCUGCAUCGUGGUGUAUAUUCAUGUGCUACCGAACUGGCUACUGGAAAACAAACAAGCAAGUAUGUGCGAUACGUGAUGGAAAGAAUUCGGAUUCUGCGUCAGCACAACAUCGAACCCUACGUUGUCUUUGAUGGCGGUCCCCUUCCCGCCAAACAAGGGACCGAAGUUACUCGAAAGCAGAAGCGAGAGGAGAACCUUGCGCGGGGGGAAGCCCUUGCAGCCGAAGGAAAACAUGCUCAUGCGCGGGAAUUCUAUGUCAAGUGCGUAGACGUGACCCCGCAAAUGGCAUUCCAAGUGAUAAAGGCUCUAAGAGCAGAAACUAUCAAGUACACAGUGGCACCCUACGAGGCUGACGCACAAAUGGCCUACCUGGAACGCACUGGCUAUGUUGACGCCAUCGUCACCGAGGACUCCGACAUGCUUGUCUUUGGAUGCAAGAACGUUUUGUUCAAACUCGACACAGUUGCGAACACUGUCGUCUCUAUAUCUCGCUCUGACUUCGCCUCAGUCACUGCCAGUGGUCCGGACUCUCAUGGAAUCUCGUUAGUCGGGUGGUCUGAUGCACAGUUUCGUGCCAUGGCCAUCUUAAGCGGAUGCGACUACCUCCCCAGUAUUCCUGGAAUUGGUUUGAAAACAGCAUGUUCGCUGCUGCGGAGAUGGAAAACUGUGGAUCAGGUCGUGAGGAUGGUUGCAAUUGAAGGCAAGAAACCAGUGCCUCGGGGAUAUUUAGAAAGUUUCAAGUUAGCCGAAAAUUGCUUUCUGCAUCAAAGAGUUUACGAUCCGGCGCUUGAAAGGUUGGUACACUUGACCGAAGUCGACGAAGAAUGGAACAAGGAGUUAGACGCUCAUGUAGGCGGGUAAGGCAUAUCGAGCCAUCUUUAGCGAAG